UCGGGCAGCUCCCCGGCUGCCCGCGUGAUUCGACUUGAGAAAUAAGCAGGAGGGGCGGCCCGGCGUCUGCCGCGUCCAAUCCCGUCUCAGGAGGGAACACGCUCCCGGGCAGGCAAGCCUGACAGAUCCCAGGAGACUUGGAGAGGAGCGGCAGCGAGGCACGCCCGCACCGCGCGCGCCGCUGCACCUCCGCCCGCUCCGGUCUCUGGCCUCCCGCCCGGCGUCCGCGGCCCCCUUCCUGCCUCGCGGCCCCUUUCCCGCCCCCCGAUGGCCGCCGCCGAGAGUCCGAUCCCCCUGCGCGGAGCCCUCUCCGGGCUGCUGCUGACCCUCGUGGUCUUCAGUUUUGCCUGUGAAGCCUGCAAAAAGGUGACAUUUAAUAUACCUUCCAAACUAGAGGCAGACAAAAUAGUUGGCAGAGUUAAUUUGAAAGAGUGCCUCAGGUCUGCAGACCUCAUCCGGUCAGGUGACCCUGAUUUCAGAGUUCUAGAUGAUGGAUCAGUAUACACAACUAGCACCGUGGUGUUGUCUGAUGAGAAAAGAUCAUUCACCAUAUGGCUUUCUGACUCCAGGACACAGGCACAGAAGGAGAUUAAGGUGCUCCUGGAACAUCAGAAGAAGGUGCUGAGGAAAAGACAUGCUAAAGAAGCCGUUCUCAGGCGUUCCAAGAGGAGAUGGGCCCCUAUUCCCUGUUCAAUGCAAGAGAAUUCACUGGGCCCCUUCCCUUUGUUUCUUCAACAAGUUCAAUCUGAUGCAGCACAGAACUAUACCAUUUUCUACUCAAUAAGUGGGCAUGGAGUUGACCAAGAACCUUUAAAUUUGUUUUUCAUAGAAAGAGACACUGGAAAUCUGUAUUGUACCCGGCCUGUGGAUCGUGAAGAAUAUGAAGUUUUUGAUUUGAUUGCCUAUGCCUCAACUGCAGAUGGGUAUUCAGCAGACAUGCCUCUUCCACUGCCCAUCAGAGUGGAGGAUGAAAAUGACAACCACCCUAUUUUCACAGAAGCUAUUUAUAAUUUUGAAGUUCCAGAAAGUAGCAGACUUGGUACUACAGUGGGAGUGGUUUGUGCCACAGACAAAGAUGAACCGGAUACGAUGCACACACGCCUGAAGUAUACCAUUUUGGAGCAGACCCCGAAGUCCCCGGGGAUCUUCUCUGUGCAUCCGACCACAGGUGUCAUCACCACAGUCGCUCAUUAUUUGGACAGAGAGACUGUAGAUAAGUACUCACUGAUAAUGAAAGUACAAGACAUGGAUGGUCAAUUAUUUGGAUUGAUGAGUACAUCAACUUGCAUCAUAACAGUUAAAGAUUCAAAUGACAAUGCACCCACUUUCAAACAAAAUACUUAUGAAGCAUCAGUAGAGGAAAAUGCAUACAAUGUGGAGAUCUUACGCAUAUCUAUAGAAGAUAAGGAUUUAAUUAACACUGCCAACUGGAGAGCCAAUUUUACCAUUUUGAAGGGGAAUGAGAAUGGACAUUUCAAAAUCAGCACAGACAAAGAGACUAAUGAAGGUGUUUUGUACGUUGUAAAGCCGCUGAAUUAUGAAGAAAACCACCAAGUGACCCUGGAAAUUGGAGUAAGCAAUGAAGCUCCAUUUACUCGAGAUUUUGCACUCAGAACAACCAUGAACAGAGCCUUGGUCACAGUUCACGUGAGGGAUCAGGAUGAAGGACCCGAAUGUAGCCCUGCAGCCCAGUAUGUACGGAUUCAAGAACACUCAGCAGUGGGGUCAAAGAUCAAUGGUUAUAAGGCAUAUGACCCUGAAACUAGAAGUGCCAGUGGCAUAAGGUACAAAAAAUUGCAUGAUCCUAAAGGAUGGAUCACCAUUGAUGAGAUUUCAGGGUCAAUCACAACUUCCAAAAUCCUGGACCGGGAGGCCAUGACUCCCAGAAAUGACUUAUAUAAUAUAACAGUCCUGGCAAUAGACCAAGAUGGUAGAUCAUGUACUGGGACACUUGCAGUUAACAUUGAAGAUAUGAAUGAUAACCCACCAGAAAUACUUCAAAGUUAUGUAACAAUUUGCAAACCAAAGAUGAGGUAUACUGACAUUUCAGCUGUCGAUCCCGAUGAACCUAUCCAUGGCCCUCCAUUUUAUUUCAGCUUGGCAGACACUUCUCCAGAAAUGAACAGAAUGUGGACCCUCACCAAAGUUAAUGAUACAGCUGCCCGUCUUUCAUAUCAGAAAAAUGCUGAAUUUCAGGAAUAUAGUGUUCCUAUUACUGUAAAAGAUAGAGAAGGUCAAUCUGCAACAAAAACCGUGAGAGUUAAUCUGUGUGAUUGUACUCAUCCAAGUCAAUGUCUGCCGACCCGAAGGAGCGCAGGAGUAAUACUCGGAAAAUGGGCGAUCCUGGCCAUACUGCUGGGCAUAGCAUUACUAUUUUCUGUAUUGCUAACUUUGGUAUGUGGAGUUUUUGGUGCCAAAAAAAGAAAAGGUUUUCCUGAAGAUUUAGCACAGCAAAACUUAAUCAUAUCAAACACAGAAGCACCUGGAGAUGAUAAGGUGUGUUCUGCCAAUGGGUUUAUGACCCAGACAGUCAAUAACUCUGGCCAAGGCUUUUGCGGUACCAUGGGAUCAGGAAUGAAGAAUGGAGGGCAGGAGACCAUUGAAAUGGUGAAAGGCGGACACCAGACCCUGGAAUCGUGCCGGGGGACGGGGCAUCAUCACACCCUGGAUUCCUGCAGGGGAGGACACGUGGAGACGGACAACUGCAGACACACCUACUCCGAGUGGCAUAAUUUCACCCAGCCCCGCCUUGGUGAAAAAUUGCAUCUGUGUAAUCAGAAUGAAAACCAUGUGCCAUCUCAAGAUUAUGUCCUUACGUAUAACUAUGAAGGAAAGGGAUCUCCAGCUGGUUCUGUAGGGUGCUGCAGCGAAAAACAGGAAGAAGAUGGCCUUGACUUUUUAAAUAAUUUGGGAGCCAAAUUUACUACAUUAGCAGAAACAUGCGCAAAGAGAUAAUGUUCUACAAUGAGAUGUGUUUUUGCCAGACAUUCUGGAAGUUUCCAAAAGGGAUAUUUAAAGUUCAAUUUCAAUUGCUAAUAUAUAUAUAUAUAUAUAUAUAUAUAUAUAUAUAUAUGUAUAUAUAUACAUACAUAUAUGUAUAUAUUUAGCUAGAUAUAUAUUAGAAUUUCAAUUUCUAAUAUAUAUAGAUAUGUGUUUUUAACAUAUAUAUUAGAAAAAUAGAUAUGAAGUUUUCUAAAUUUUUAAUUGUACUAUUUACCAAUUUGUAGUUUUAUAGCAAUUUUUUGCUUAUCUUUUCCAAGAAGCUUGAAAUGUUAAAACAUAUUUGGCCUUCUUUAUUGCAAAAUAAAUAGACAGCUAGCAAAAUCAUGCUGUAACAUUGGAUUUAAGGUCUAUAAAGGAUCUGCUAUUCUUUAUAGAUAGCUUUCCAACAAAUGUGUUUAGUUAAUAUCAGUUCAAUGAUAACUAUGCUGUACUUGAUUGAAUAUAGAACAGCUAUCUGGGCUAGAAAUUCUGUUCUUAUUCCAGAUUUAAGUUAAUAGGAUUAUAUCAAACAUUAUGGUAAACUGUACUGCAAUUUUUAGCUCUUUAAAAAUUUUGUACCACUGAGUAGCUCCAAAGACUACUAGAAUUUCAUUUUCCUUCUGGUUGGCAACUAGAUCAUGAAGGGCAGUUAGUUCUGUCUGCUUGGUUACCCUAAUAAGGUCUUAAAAAAUACAUAGCCACCAUGUUAAACUACAACAGGAAAUUGUAGACUGAAAAAUUGUGUUGUUUUUAUGCUUUUGAGUGUGUGCUUUAUGGUUUGGAGAAGGAUUAUUAUGAGGAAUAUAUUUAAGUUUCCUUAUUCUCAAGAAAGAGAACUAUGUUCACUAUACAGAGUUAUUGUCAGUAUUUGAACAAAAAACACCAAAGAUCUUCUGUUGAGAUUGUAAUCCUAAGUAUUAACAUCUUUUUCCCUGAGAUUCAGGACUACUGAAGAUAUAGAGAGAGUAGAGAGAUAGAUAGAUACAUAGAUAGAUAGGAGAGAGAGAGAGAGUGAUAUCCCUCACUUUUCAAAAGUUCAUGUUAUGCCACUUCACUUGCAUGAAAACCUUGCAUUACUACCUGUUUUUGCUAACCUAAAGGUACCUGAAGAAGAAGUUUGCUUAUAUGCAAAAAGAGAGGAUAGCAUUUAGCGUUUACCUUGCAGUGAGCCUUAUAGAGGCAGCGUGUACCCAGAGCAGAGAAGGGGGGCCCGCCAAGCUCCUUCCCCCGGGGAACUUCACUCAGCAUCUCAGUAUCAAGCUGCCUCAGCUUUGAACUGUGUCUGUGAGCAUCUCUGCUUUAUCUCCAUUUAUUUUGUACAUCACUUAGUAAGCUGUGUCCUAAGGUAUCAGAGAAGCCUAAGAGAGGUUAAAUUUUGGGACUGGGAACACUAAAAAAAUUUUCCAUGUAGAUGAAUGGUAAUUGCUUCUUUGCUUUAUGCCAUUUCGCUUUAUGAAAGUUUUCAUAGGAAUGCUCUACUUUUGGAUAAGGAUAAACACAUACAUGCACACACACACACACACACACACACACACACAUAUAUAUAUAUUAGUUAAUGCAACAUUUAAAAUAAAAUGAAAACCAUAAAGGAGGAUGAUGACAUAAAGCUGAAUGUAUCUGACAAUAGGAACCUAAAGUUCUAAAAAGAGAGAGCCUCUUAUACUUAGUUCUUAUGUGCUGCAUUAACUAAGCAUAUUAGGAAAUUGUUCAUGUACAUUUGGGUAAUUUCUUUAAAAUUGUAUACAGUUAAGGGCGCCUGGGUGGCUCAGUUGGUUAAGCGUCCAACUCUUGAUUUCAGCUCGGGUCAUGAUCUGAAAUCAUGGUUGGUGAGUUUGAGCCCUGCAUCGGGCUCUGGGCUGAUAGCGUGGAGCCUGCUUCACAUUCUCCAUCUGCCUCUCUCUCUGUCCCUUUCUCACGCUCACUCGCUCUCUCUCUCAAAAAUAAACUUAAGAACAGUUUUUUAAAUUGUAUACAGCUAAUGAAACUUCUCUGGUUUCAGUGGGAAGGGAAGAGGGAACUGGGUGGAACAGUAGCCUUGCUUCACAGUUUCUUUCUGCAUGCACAAAUGUGGAGCCAGCUGGCAAAUGGCUGUUCCAGCUCAGGCUCCCUGACUCCCACCAGCAAAGCUCCAGAGAUGAAAUGCUUUUCUUGGAGCUAAUACUGAACGCUUUUAAAAACCUAAUUCUGGUAAAAAGAUUCUAUCACCGUUUUCCUUCCCUUUUCUAUUAAUCAACGUUUGUAAAAUUUAGAGCCGAUAAACCCUGCUGUGUUGGUCAGAUUUUAAAGGAUAAAGGGAGCUGGGAGGGGGGCACAAAUCUUACUGAAGGGACUGAGUGGGGCAUGACCAUCCUAAGAUUCAAGACCUCAAACCUAUCACCAUCUGCUGUGUUCUAAUUCAAGCCUGGGAAUUGUAAAAUGGCACUUCCCCACUCACUGCCCUGUUUUUUUGUUUUGUUUUGUUUGUUUUUGUUUAAAAUUUUUUUCUUAAAUAUUUUAUUUAUUUUUGAGACAGAGAGAAACAGAGCACGAGCAGGGGAAGAGCAGAGAGAGAGGGAGACACACAGUCUGAAGCAGGCUCCAGGCUCCGAGCUGUCAGCACAGAGCCUGACAUGGGGCUCAAACCCACAAACCGUGAGAUCACCAUCUGAGCCGAAGUUGGACGCUUAACCGACUGAGCCACCCAGGUGCCCCUCACUGCCCUGUUUUAAACUGAUGUUGGUGUGAUUCAAAAGAAAUCCAGCUCUCCCAUCCAUCCCCUUUCUUUAAUCUCUCUCCCAAUGCGAUCAAUGACACUUAGGUAGUGAAUACUCCAGGCUGUCAAUCACCCUGUAGUAUGAAUUAAUUUCUAUGAGCUUGCUUUCUUACAAGGAUGUUUUAAGUAAUAGAAGAAAUAGAAAUUUUGAAUACAGGAAAGAAAAAGACCCAGUGGUCAUUUGGGAACACAGGGAACUUAGGGGGAGUGCAAGUCCACGUGGGGUAUUUGGACAGUCAGCAACAUGAAAACCCAGGCCUUCGAGGGCAAGGAGAGAGACCAAUAAAGAGACACCGAGUGGUAGUAGAGACAAAAUUAGUUGCUACUUAAAAGUUUUCUAGGCCAGGCUCCCCCUUUGCCUUCUUUUCUCAGGCCAGUGGUGGCUCCCAUUUAAGUUCGGUGAAAUAUCACCAACCCUUUUUCCAUGCCUCACCUUAUUUGGAGUGUGGAAUCAAGGGAAAAGCCGGCUGCAUGUCAAGUCUUCAGGCAUUUACAGAACGGGCCCAAACUGGCUGCGCAGAACAAAUGGGGCAUUCAUGGGGAAUACAUUCUUCCUGAUGUAGCCCUCUGGGCCCUGAGGUGCAAUGUCUUCAAUUAAAUGUGUGUCUCAAUUUUUAUUUGAUUCUCAAUUUUUAUUUGUUGCCACUUUUCCCAUUUUCUAAUUUCCCCCCCAAAUCUAGAUUUUACAGACCUAGACUUUGAAAAGGGUACUUUUCUUUCUUCCUUAUAAGGGUCUUCUUAUGUCUAAUGUAAACAUUUUUAACAUGAGGCAUUCUUCUUUCCAUAUAUAUGUAAGGGGGAAAUUAUGCUAGUUUAGUGUAAAAAUAACUUUCAUUUUUUUCCAGUGAAUGUUCUUGAAUUUUUAAUGUCAAUGUACAGAUUGUUUUUUCAUAUUUUUAUAAGGAAGCAGUUAACUGUCUAAAAUGCAGUGAGGUUUGGUUUGUAGCAUUUUUAACAGAAUUUUUAAGUUUGCUAUUAAAAGGAAUUGCUUUGCUUUUAAAGGAACAUGGCAGGUUAAAAUAAGCAAAAAUUGAAUGUAUAAAGUAAUAGCAGAUAUAGAAUGUAAUGAAACUGUUAACUUGAUAAUCUUGUCUUUGCCGUAUUUAGAGAUAAGAUGAUUCCAAGGUGAUCACUUUGUAAAAUUGUGCUUAAGACUGGCAUGAAAAUAGAUCCUCAAGAGUGUC